AUGCUGGAGGAGCAGCAGCCUGCAUCAGCAGCGGAUUUCCUGGGGCCCCACCCCAGCAGCGCAACAGCAGCACCAGAUGAAGGUACAGAGGGUGGGGGCCCCCAUCAUCAUCCUCCUCCUCCUCCACAUGAUAAUACAUCAGCAGCAGCAGCCGCAGCAGCAGCAGCAGCAGCAGAUAACUCUCGUCGGACCUCCUGCUUAGAGGGGGAAUUCUCAGAUAAUUGCGAUAAUGAAGAAAAUACGAAUUCUUCUCCUCCUUCUCUUUCUCCAAGAAAAAACAAAAGAAAUUCAAGAAAGAGGCCCCGUCUAUGCCGUAAUAAGAGAAUAAAACAGGAGCAGCAGCAGCAGCAGCAGCAGCAGCAAAACGAUUUGGAUGUACUGCCUCCUUGUGAACCAACCACAGGUGCAACAACAACUGUAGGAACAGCAGCUGCUGUUGCUGCAGCUGCAGCUGCCGCUGCUGCUGGUGGUGGGGGUCCAGUAAACCCACAUACGUCAGUCGCAGCACCUGCAGCAGUUCCUGCUACUGCGGCUGCUGCUGCAGCUGCUGCUGCAGCAGCUGCUGCUGCUGGUGCACCGGGCGCAGAUUUUUGCUCCAACACUAUUCAGCAGCAAACCGCGCCUCCUCCUCAUCCCUCUCUCUAUAGCUCGUAUACACUGCAGCAUCAGCCGCUGCUGCCUUCAUCAGGAGGGGGGCCCCCCUUACCGGGGCCCUCUGAUCUUUCUCCUUUACAGCAAACAAUAGAACCUCGUCUGCUGCCUUUCACAGAACCUGUAGGGGCCCCAGGGGCCCCCGAGGCCCCAGGUGGUGGGGCACCUCCCGUGGGGCCCUGUGGGCCGCCGGGACCACGAUUCCCCCCACCACAGCAGCAGCCGCAGCAGCAGCAGCAGGGAGAUGCAUGCAUGACCAGGGGACCCUGGCUUUCAAAUGUUGUCAAGAGUGGAGGGACGGAUAAUUCAUUUUUAGGGGCUGCUGCUGCACCAAGUCCAGCAGCAGCAGCUGCUGCAGCUGCUUCUGCUGCUGCUGCUGAGGGGCCCCCCAGCGAAGCAGAAGUUGUUGCCUUAAUAUCUUUUCUUAUUCGGAGGCCCCUCAUGAAUACUAAACUUGCCCCUUGUCUAAUGGCAGAAGUUGAAAGGGCCUGGUGGAUGGCUAAGCAGCAGCAGCAGCAGCAGCAGAUGCAGCAGCCGCAGCAGCAAUUGCAGCAGCAGCCGCAGCAGCCGAUGCAGCAGCUGACACAGCAACAACAAAUCCAGCAGCCACCACUGCCACAAACACAACAACCACAGUUACAGCAGCCACAGCUGCAGCAGCCGCAAUUGCAGCAGCCGCAGCUGCAGCACCCACAACAGCAGCAGCAGCAGCAGCGGCCCGAUGACGACCUGCAGCAGCAGCAGCAGCAGCAGCAGAGAAGCCUCGAUAACAAUGAUAUUGGGGAUACAGAUAAACCGUCAGAUAGAGAUAUUAAACAAGAACAAAGUCCCAGUAGUACAGGAGGGGGAGGAGGGAUUGUAGAGACCGAUGCAGCAGCAGCUACGACGUAUGCUGUUGCUGCUUCCUCUCGAUCUACCGCUCCUGUAUGCUCGCCUAGCAGCAGCGACUGCAGCAUGCCAUUUACUGGCUUGCAGCAGCUGCCGCAGCACGAUGUGGAGCAGCAGCAGCAGCAAAUGCAACAACAAAUGCAACAGCAGCAGUUGCAGCAGCAACAGUUGCAGCAACAGCAACUCCAGCAGCAACAGCUACAGCGACACCAACAUCUGCAAGAGAUGCAACAGUUGCAGCAGCAGCAACUACAGCAGCAGCAGCAGUUGCAGCAGCAGCAACAACUGCAGCAGCAGCAGCAGCAAUUGCAGCAACAGCAGCAAUUGCAGCAGCAGCAACUGCAGCAACAGCAACAAUUACAACAGCAGCAGCAACUGCAACGUCAACAACAACAACUGCAGCAGCAGCAGCAACAGCAGCGGCAGCAGCAGCAGCAGCAGCAGCGGCUGCGCCCCCCAGAUUGUCUAGGGGCCCCCAAUAUGCGUUAUGGCCAAUCCUCAGUAUUAAAUUUGUCUUCCGCUAAGAUGCCCACAGAUGGAUCGCCAGAUACGGGGCCCCCUAACCCAUCCUUAGUAACUGUACCCCCUCAGGGGGGCCCACCGGGGCCCCCCCCACAGGGGGCCCCCCCACAAGGGGCCCCCCAGGCCGGCCCUCCUCAGGGACCACCCCAGGGAACACCUCAAGGGGCCCCGCAGGGGCCCCCUGCAGGCAGUCAACAACCGGAUGGGGUACCGCCGCCGGGGCCCCCGGGGCCCCCCCCUCAAUUAAGUUGGAUUGGCGGGUAA